AUGGCGCGCCCAGCUCCCCGCGCCCUCCCAGACAAACUCAUCCUCGUAACCAACGGCACACACCCCCUCCAACUCCAAAUCAUCAAACAGCUCCUCCAAAGCGGCAGCCGCGUGCGCACCACGGUACCCUCCUCCGACCCCUCCGAAUGGCUCGACAAGCUCUUCGCGCGCUUCGCGCACGCCAACGCCUUCCAGCGCGUCAAGACCAGCCCGCACUUCCCCAACCACCCCUCCACCUACCAGCUCGCCGUUCGCGGCGUCCACGCCAUCGUGCACGACGCCACGCCCCCGGCCCUGGCCCCGGGCCCCGGCACCAAAACCCCCCUCACGGAAGCCUGGGCCGCCACCUCGCGCGGCGUGCUGGCCCUGCUGGAGGCGGCGGCGCGCGAGCCGUCAGUCGAGGCGCUCACGUACACGAGCUCGCUGAUGGGGGAGACGGCGGCGGCGGCGGCGGCGGUGCCGUUCGCUGGCGGGGAGGAGGGGGAGGUGGUGGGGGGGCCGGAGGCCGUGCGCAGCUCGUGCUUGGUGAAGGGGGAGGAGACGCUGUGGGAGUGGGUGCGCGACAAGAAGCCGCGCUUCAGGGUGAAUGUGGUCAGUCCGGCGAAUGUGAUCGGGUACCAUUUGGCGUCGCUGUAUACGCAGGAUUGGAUGAAUUGGGUGUGGACGAUGUAUUGGAAUGGGGGGCGUGCGCCGUUGGAGAUUCAGGGUGCUGGUGCGACGCAGGCUCAUUGGUACGUCGAUGUCGAGGACGUGGCCCUGCUGCACAUCGCAUCGAUCUUCGACGAGAAGAUCCGUGGCGAGCGUCUCCAGGCGUGGGGUUGGUACCGGGACCGGAACGAUGUCAUUGACAUCAUGCGGGACCACACGAUUCUGGAAGGCAGGAGGAUGUUAGGCAAGGAUUUUGAUUUCCAGAAGGCGUGGGAGGAGGCGGCCAAACUCUACCCCAUCAUCGAUGACGACGGGCCUCCUUGUGAGCAGAUCUACCCCAACAGCACCAGGGCGUUGGCGAUAUUUGCCGACGGCAGGUGGAAGGGAUAUGGACGCUGGAAGGAAUUCGAGCGGACAAUUCGCCAAAGUCUGGCUUUUUUCGAUGUUAAUUGGCAAUGGCCGGAGCAGGUCGAAGGGGGCGGAGGGUUUCAGGCCAACGGCAUCCCAACCCGCCUUCUUCUGAAUUAA